AUGAAAAUUUCAUCUAUCAAGGUCAGCAGAGAUAUGUUGGCUUCAUCUGGUGUUUCCAAGGAGGAGAAGACCGAAGAUAUUACCGAGGACAAAGUCACAGAGACUCAACAGGAUGCCGGAGGAUCUUCAAAGGACGAUCCCCUGCAUUGUAGAGCUUGCAAUAAGACAUUUGGCAAUACACAUGGCUUUGAGCAGCAUCGGCGUGAUAAGCACAACAUAGUCAAGCCCGCAAACAAUGGAGAGACCGAAGAAAUUGCACAGGCUAGUGAAGAAACCCUGCCUUUUGACUGCAUCGCCGAAGAGCUUGGCUGCAAAGAGGAAUUCUGGCGAGCAUCUGUCAUGAUGAGACACAUCGAAGAAGGCUUAUGCAACGAACUUCUUGCGCAUUAUCAAAUUACACGUAUCUUCCAGUACAAGUUGGACGAGAAAGGCCGUCAACUCUGGGACCACGAGUGGUCAUCUUACAAGUGUCCUGAUUGCCAGGGCCGGAAGUUCAAGUUCGAUUCUCGGGCUGACCUGAUCGAGCACGCCGAGCGCGGCAAAUGCAGUUUAGAUCCUUUGCGCAAAGGGAAUAUCUUGUACAGUUGUAUCGCAGAGAUCAUGCUUUAUGCUGGGGAUGAUGAUCUAUCUGACAUUUCUACCGACUAUGAGGAGGAUCCUUAUAUGUUGUAUUGGGCCACUGGAUUUGACGACCCUGAUUCUGAAAUGGCUAGUAGUGAUUCUGUUGAUGAUUACGGGUACUAG